AUGACACAGAGCUCCCCGACCGUCUCGCAGAAGUACAAACUCUCCUUGGUCUCAGGUGGUAAGCCAAUCCUACCAAGAGCAUCCUUCCAAUCCAGUUGUGAUAAGAAUAUCGCAUGUUUAACUAACGAUCAACUCAAUUAUAUCGUCCCAUUCAACAACAAGAUUAAGAUCUUUAACGUAGAAACAAGACAGUGCAUCAAGACUUUGAAAUUUUCAAAUAACAAGUCAUUAGCGGAACUAUUUACUACUACAUCCAUCGCACAUAUUGCUCUGGGAGAUUUGACACAGGAGGAAAAUAAACUCGAAGAUAAGUUUAUUACUGUCUUUACUAAGGAUGGUCAUGUUAUUGUGUUGAAUUUCAAGGGGAAAUUAGUGGAAUCUCCCAAGAUUUUGAACUUGAAUUUAAUCGAGAAAAAUGAAAUGAUUUAUAAAGUCUUUCAAUCAGCGGAAAAUCCUUCCUCGAUAAAGAUAUUGACGAUCAAGGGUAAUGGUACAAAUACAAUCUCCAAUUUCCAUCUGUAUCAAGUACAACAAGACUUUACCUUGCAGGAACCUCAGGAGACUUUCAAUAAUGUUAUCCUAACAACUUGGUCAUCAAACGACACCAUAUUAGUCCUACUUUCUCAAACCAAUGCUACCGAGAAAACAAUCCAUAUUGAAUCCAUCUUUGAUGAUUCUUGCCAGAGAGAUAUCCCAUUAGAUUCCAUCAUUUCUAAAGAAGCUACCAAAAAUCUCUCUUCCACUUCCAAAUACAUAUCUUCAAUGGCCAUUGAUAACAACGCAAACCAAUUAGCAUUGGGGUUUGUAUCAGGUGUUAUUAAUAUUGUAUCAUUAGAUGAUUCAAAAUUACAAUCUAGAUUAUUGAAAUGGCAUAUCGAUUCAGUACUCUCAUUAUCCUUUAACCAGGAUGGAACUUAUCUAUUAUCUGGUGGUUGGGAGAAAGUAUUAGUGUUUUGGCAAUUAUCGACAAAUUUACAGCAAUUCUUACCUCGUUUAAAUGGUAUCAUUAUCGAUUGUUCCCUCGUGGCCGAAGGUAAAUAUUAUUCCCUUGGUUUACAAAUGAUUGAAAAUAAUUCAAAUUCUGAUUAUCAAUUAAUUCUAUUGAAUUCCACGGAUUUAAUAUCCAAGUUAUCUAUCAACGGACCUCUUCCAACUUUUAACUCUACUGUGAAAAAUGUCAUCCAACCAAUCUCAUCCAUCUCUACAAGAUCAUCCAAUUCAUUAGCAACAAUCAACAGUUCCAAGAAGAAACAAUUAAGAAAGUUAUUAAAAUUACAGAGACAAGAUUUUACAUCCAAUUUAGAAAUAAACCCUUUAAACAAACAAUUAUAUUUCCCUCAUAUUUCAGCGGUGCAAAUUUUUGAUUUUUACAAGAAUGAUCAGGUCGAUUAUCAAUACAUGACGUCGUCUUUGACUAACUCUAUGGGUAAAGUCAAAUCAGAAUUGAAUUUGAAAGAACCCAUCAUCGCCAAUUUGAAACUGACUAAAGAUGGUAAAUGGUUAAUCACAUAUGAAAUUGAAUACCCACCUACAGAUCUACUAUCGUCCAAAGAUGUAUCUCACACUUUGAAAUUUUGGUCAAAAGAUGGUACUUCAAAUGAAGAUCAAUGGAAAUUACGUACAAAGAUUUUGAAUCCUCAUGGAUUAAAUGUCCCAAUUACCAACAUGAUCGUGGCCCCAUUAUGCGUAGGGAAUGAUGGAGGAUGUUUAACCGCGGAUAAUAAUGGUGGAUUGAAAUACUGGUCAUUUAAUACACACGAGUCUAAUUGGUGUCUCUCCAAGAUCGCAUUACCAAAUUUCAAUCAUUUUAGCAAUUCUGUCUCCCUUGCAUGGUCUCAUGAUGGUAGUUUAAUAUUACACGGGUUUGAUGAUAAAUUAACCAUUGUGGAUUUUGAAACGUUUAGCAAGUUAGAUGAAAAUGAAUUUGUCUUUGAUUCAGAAAUCCAAACCAUUAAGUUCGUCAAUGACUCCAAUUUGAUCGUUGCCACUAAGACAACGUUGUCUAUAAUAAAUUUGUUGAUGGGCAAAAUUAUCAAUUCCUUCGAUUUAUACCCCUUCAUUAAUGGAAUUUACAAGAAUGGUCAUUUGGAUAGAUUGAUUGCCUGUGAUGAAGUCAAUGGGAAAGUUGCUUUAGUCAUCAAUCAACAAGUUAAGGGCACGACAUCUUUUAAAUCAAAUAUCCUCGUAUUCAACGCCGAUCUAUCUUCCAAGAUUGGUUCUUUUACUCAUGAUGAAUAUAUUUCUUGGAUUGGAUGGAAUUAUGAUAGUGACUUUAUCUUCUUGGACAUAGAGUCUCGAUUAGGUGUGGUGGGUACGACUGUGAAUACUGAGAUGUUAGAUGAAGUUAACAAAGAGGGUAUAUUAGAUGGGUUGACAAGUGAUAAUGGUAACGCUAUAGAGGGCUCUGAAUUCACUGAACAACUUCGAAAAUUAUCUUCCAAUUUGAAUAAAAGAAGUUUAACCAAUGAAGAUGAGGACCAAGAAGAUAUUGAAUUAGAAUUUGUUAACGGGGCUAAGAAUGAAAAGGGAAUCAACAUGAAUAGCUUCAUAAGCAUGUUUGAAAAUAUCCAGAACGUUCAAAUGGAUACCCUAUUCGAUAGUGUGAUUAAGACACUCACGUAG